AUGUUUAGUUUAGAUAAUUUAGUUAUUGUUUUUUUUAUUUUCGUUUAUUCUGUAUUUAAUUCCCUCAUCACUACAAUCAUCCUCAAACAUUAUUACUAUCCACAACAACAACAAACCAAUAAUAAUGGAAUGUUUACUAAAGAGGAUGUAGAUCGUCUCUUGGAAAAUCAUAAAAAUGAAAUUAAUUUAAAGAUUUCCGAAGAAAAAGCUAUUCUAGCAAAAGAAAAUGAGGAAUUUCAAUUAAAAUUGAAAAAAAAACAAAUCAAAUCUUCAAAACUAAAAGAUUUGCUAUUGGAUUUUGAAAACAAAAAGGAAGAGGUACUAAAGCAACCAUUAGCAGUACCAGAUUCAAUAAAAUUAAGAAAAGCUUUGGAAGAAAACGCACAAUUUAAAAAGAAAACUUUGGAACUUGAGGAAUCAAACUCACAGCUUUAUAAUCAAAUCCAAGUUCAAAUUAAAAAUUUUAAUGACCUUAGAGUACAUGCCGAGUCAAAAUUAACCAAUGCAUCGGAGCAAUUAGAAGAAAUAAAAAAAGUUGCCAAAAAACAAAUUCUUGAACUUAAUUUAAAAUUAAAAGAUGCAAAAUCUAAAUUAGCUUUGAAAAAAAAGCAACAACAAGAAGAUAAUAAAUGUUACGUUUGCAUGGAAGAUAUGGAGACUGAUAGCAUCGCCACCAUUGAUUGCAAUCACAAAUUCUGUUUUGAUUGCAUGGAUACAUGGCAUAAAAUUAAAAAUACUUGCCCAUUAUGUAGAGCAAGAUUCUAUACAAUUAAAAGAGUCGGUCAUGAUCCAAUAGUAGUAGGCGAUGUUGAAAAUAGAGCCCAUGAACAAGAAUUAGAUUACAAUUUCCUUGAUGAUUCCGAUAAUUUUGAAAAUGAAAAUGAAAAUGAAAAUGAUAAUGAUAAUGAUUCCGAUGAUGAUUUCAGUGAUAACAGGGAGCAAUUUUAUCACCAUUUAUUGCGUCGUCGUUUUGUUCACAAUAUUUACGAACCAAUAUUUGAUGAUUAUAUAAAUAUGGAUUAA